AUGUCUGACCUCACUCAAAUUGCAGUGUACUCAGACUCAUCUGAUAUUUACAAGAAUAUUUUCUGCAAUCCUGCAUUUGAGCUGGAGGGGGAGCGGGAAGAGAGGGUGGAAGGAUUCAGGACCACCUCAUCCACCCCUGAACCAGUCAAACCACCAUAUCCCUCAGGCAGGGGUCUGUUUGGCGUUUGUCUGAUGUGUUUGCGAAUGCCAGGAUGUGGCCGGGGAACGGUGGUGGUCACUGCUGCUGCUCUGCUCCUAGUGGCAGCUUUGGGACUUGCACUGGUUCUUAUUCUCACGCAGAUAAAUGGGCAGACAGUGGACAGAGAGCAGUUGUCCACACAAACUCCAGACAUGAUGGGUGGUGUUGGAGUUUCCUACAGCCUAUCUACCAUUCCUGGUAACAGCAGCCAGAGGGACAGCACGGCAGCACCACAACCGGCUAUAUACCCUACAUCUGACACACGUUGUGGGGGUGUACUGACUGACUUGGAGGGCAGUUUCAGUUCUCCAAACCACCCUGGCUCUUACCCCCCUGACUCUCUGUGUGUCUGGGUGAUCCGGGUCAAAUCACCGUUCCUAGUUCAAAUCCACAUUUCCUCUCUGACAGUGGAAGGACCAUCACCCUGUCUGUUUGACUGGCUGGGGGUACAGGAGCAGACUGACCACAGCUCUGUGGUCACCAGGUUCUGUGGUAAUGUUGCACCACCAACAGUCAACACUAACAGCAGCACAGUGUGGGUUACCUUCCGCUCUGAUAGCAGCAUUGCAGGAAGUGGUUUCAUCGCACAGUACAGAGCCAUACCACCUGAACAUAAGAGCUGCUCCAGAGAAGAGUUCAUGUGUGACAGCGGUCGCUGUCUCCUCCCUGUGUCUGUGUGUGAUGGCCAGCCAAAUUGCCAUGACCAAACAGAUGAGGCUAACUGUAGCCAUAAGCACAAGGAGUGUGGGGGGCAGAAGACUGAGCAGUAUGGAUACCUUGCAAGUCCAAACCACCCCAAGCCUUACCCUCACCAGCAGUUGUGUACUUGGCGGAUAUCUGUUGAGGAUGGUCAUGUGAUCAGACUGAGCUUCAAGAACUUCAGUCUGGAGACUCAAGACGUAUGUGAGUUUGACUAUGUGGAGGUCCUUGACAGCACCAACACCGGAGCUGGACGUGUUCUGGGGCGUUUCUGUGGCUCCAGCCUGCCCCCAGACCUGACCUCCUCUGGCCCUCAGAUGACUGUAGUGUUUGUAGCGGAUGAAGGAGUUGCUGACAGUGGCUUCAAUGCAACAUACCAGGCUGUGCCCUUUGCAGACCGGACGUGUGGCCCCAGCCAGUUUGCCUGCAGCACCGGGGAGUGUCUACGCCAGGAGUGGCUGUGUGACGGAUGGAGCGACUGCUCCGACGGGGCGGACGAGCACGGCUGCGACAAUUCCACCUACCCUCCGUUCACUUCUUCGUGUGAGUUGAUAGAGGUGGAGAUGUGUCAGGACCUCAGCUACAACCUCACCUCUUUCCCCAACAUCUGGCUGUCCAUAUCUGAUCAGAGGGAGGCGGGUGCGUUGCUCCGACAGUACCGGGUGCUGAUGGAGCUGGCAUGCUUCGAGCCACUGAGGAGGCUGGUGUGUGGGAUGUUCCUGCCACAGUGCAGCCCCCAUGGCGGGGUCCUCGAGCCCUGUCGUUCCGUCUGCUCCUCAGCUGAACUACAGUGCAGCCAAGCUCUUGAUCUCUUCUCCUUCAGCUGGCCCUUUAACUGCCAUCUGCUGCCGGACUCAUUGAACCCCAUGGAGUGCUCUCUGCCUUGAUGCCGCAACACCAAAAAUGGAUUUAAGUUAGCGGUUAAAGUGUAUUGUGAUGAUGAGAGAGACAGCCCUC